AUGAACACGAAGAGGUCGUUCACGAGGCUUCAGCUCUUGUUGCUUGGGCGAUGUUGCCUGUUCUGGGUGUUCGCGGCGAACGUCCUGUCCCCCUUGACGCUUCUGCCCCUUCUGCCAAACAAGGGUGACUGGCAGGAUGCCGAAUUUCCCCAGGCGCUCCUGCGCCCGUCUGAUGGCCUGUCUACGACCCCGGACGGCGUCCCAAGCAAGGGCGCCGGCAACAGCUUCCUGUGGACACUAUCGCUAAGUCCAACAUCAUGCUUUGUCCCACUCGGGGCACCUUUGUCCGAGAAGGGGUCGCUACGACCAAGAAUGGGACGAUUUGGAGGGUUUGGAGGGCAUCCUCUGGAGCAGGCCGCGGUCAGCUUUGAACCAAUCAUCGGCACGGACCCUGGCUCUGGCCUUGAUGCCAAGCGUUUCAGGGAGAGCAGUUCUCUGUGGAAGCGCGAUAAGGUUUGUGGUGAUUCCGAUGGCUUGUUGGAAGACCUGCCCAUGGCCCAGAGCAGCAACAAGGGAGUGGGCCAGAGCAUGGGCUACGGAAUCCUCGUGAUGAACUCCCGCAGCCCACCCAUCCUGUCCCACUUCGCUCUGUCCGAGCACGCCGCACUCUUUACGUAG